AUGCCGCUCCAGCUCCUCACCGAUGUACCACCUUUGCCCGCUAAUUAUGCUCGACGUGCCGGGCUUUCCGAGUCCAUUGCCCAGACUAACGCGAUCCUGCCAGAGGUUUUCCCCGAGGGUGUUGCAUAUGUUACCGUGGGCCAAACUCCAGACGUGUUGAGCCUGCAGUCCACGCUUUUGCGAGCCUUUGGGGUGCACGAUACUCCAGGAGAUGUGUCGGAUGGGAGCUGGAGCGGUGUGGCAAUCCUGGUCACAACACGAUUUGCAGACUUGGUGCAGAAGGCGGAGCUGCUGCGCCUGGGAGACCUCACGGACACGAGAGCCAACUGGAAGCAGCCCGUGACCGCAAUCAAAAGCCGCUCGCAUCCGGUUUCGCCAGCAGCUGUCUUCACUGCAUUCAGUGACGAGCUUGCGGCGCAGGAGAAGGUGUGGAGUCAGAUGAUGACUCAGGCAAUCGAAGAAAGAUCUGCUGCCGUCAGAAUUGGAUUCAUGUUCUCAACCAUGCCAGAUGGACGCAUCCGACUCCAUGAUUUGUCCCUGGAGUUCGUCAAGGAACAGGCUGCGAGAAGCGGUGGUGAGACCGCUCUCCAUCAGGUCAUGAAGAUCCUCAAAGGAGCUGGCUUCGAUGCCAAGCGGCCAGACCGACUAGACGUGGCGAUGUGCAAGGUCUUCCUGCCUGCUGCGGACAUACCAAGCUAUGUCAUGGAAGGCAACGUGGACAUUGGAAUCUCUGGAAGUGACAUGCUAGAAGAAUCCAUGAUUGAUGCAGGAUAUGCUGAUGCUGCUUGUGCUCCAGUCAAGGUUGUGCUGAAGCUUGGCAUUGGCAAAUGCAAGCUUUGCCUGCAAGCGCAAGCUCUGGUGCCUGACGUCAUCAAUGUGGGUGAUCCUAGCUCUGUUCACAUUCGACUAGACUUUGUUGGUCAGCGGAUUGUGACGUCCUUCCCUGCGCUGACGAAAAGAUAUUUUGACGGCCUUUCCGGCGAGGACUCCGCAAGGACACACAUCAAGGAGGUCUCCGGCUCCGUGGAAGCAGCCUGCGGUUUGGGCCUAGCAGAUGCCGCGGUGGUGGACCUGGUGGAAACUGGUACAACAAUGAAGGCAGCAGGUUUGGACAUUGUGUCUGAAGUCUUGGAAACAGAGGCUUUGCUCUUCCAACAGCUUCCUACAAAGGCCAAUGGGCUGUCCAACGGAAGUAAGGCAAACAUGCUGAGGCUGAUUGAGAACCGUAUAUCAGGAUAUCUUACGGCAACGAAGUAUGUGAUGAUUGUUUGCAACUGUCACCAUGACAACUUGGCAGCUGUAUGCCAGCUCUUGCCUGGCAAGAGAUCGCCAACAGUCACUGAGUUGAAAGAGGAGCACUGGCACUCAGUGUCUGCUUUGGUGAAGAUCAGCGACUCGAACCGCAUCAUGGACGACCUUGCAAAGGUCGGGGCAGAGGAUAUCCUCUCCCUUCCGUUGGGCAACACGCGGAUGUGA